AUGUCUUCGCUGGAAGACGGCACCGGCACCCAUGGUCACUUGGCUGAGAGACCAUCCCGGACCACCACGGCGUCCAACAACAAGGCUUACAAGUCAUUCCAAAAUAAUGCCCCCCUUCAUAUCCAUGAUGGUGGCAGCUUCACCUACGUCAACUCGAAAGCCAAGGGAAAUGUUAUCGACGGUACUUGCAGAUGGAUCACCGACGUCCAGGAAUUCGAGUCAUGGCUCAAUGGCACAAAUAAUCUCUUAUGGAUAUCGGGUGGCCCUGGGAAGGGCAAAACCUUCCUUUCGAUCUACUUGGUCGAUAUUCUGCGCACCCUGGCCACUGAGGAUAAGGGGCCAUCCGUGCUUCUACUCUUCUGCGAUCAUAGCAACCACCAGCGUAAUACGGCGCUCGCAGUCAUCCGAGGCCUACUCUAUCAGAUGCUAGAGGCUGAUGAGGCCUUGUAUGACGAUAUUCUUGGCCCAUUCAAACUUCGAAAGAAACGAGGCGAGAACCUAUUCAGUGACGCUUUCCUCGAAGAGCUAUGGAAGAUCUUCGAGAAAAUGGUCGCUAGAGAUCCGCGGCCACGAUACUUCGUAUUGGAUGGCCUCGACGAAUGUGAUCGCAAGUCGAUCAAAUUCUUGACUACGAAACUGGAAGGAAUUAGUUCUCUUCACGCACAGUGGAACAUCAAAACGGUAGUGGUUAGCCGCCCAGAUACGACAAUCCACACAGACCUACGAAUCGAUUUGGAUCAAGAGCAUCACCAGAGGACGGAGGAAGACGUCCACACUUUUGUCCAAGUCCAAGUCAAGGAUAUUUGUGGGAUCGGCGACCAAAGGCCUGAGUUAGCACACCUUUUACUGGACCGCGCCCAUGGGACAUUUCUGUGGGUGUGGUUGGCGACGGCGAUGUUAAAAGAGAAGCCAGACCUAGCCCGGCAGAUCCUGGAGUCCGAAGCCUCAGCCAAUGUUUGGCUACCCGAGGGGCUUGACGCCAUGUACGAUCGGAUGUUACUGGGAAUACAGGAGAUCAAUGCAGAGGCAGCCGCUGUGGUCCUUCGUCACGUUGCCAUGGCCUGUCGGCCUUUGACUAGAGAGGAGCUGCGCUAUAUCUGCGCGGAUCAGAAAAUCGAUCAUAAAAAGGUCGAUUUGCAGCUCGAUUUCGGCUGCAAGAACCUGUUGAUAAUCACGGGGGAGACUGUGCACCUGGUUCAUCUGUCGUUGAAAGAAUACCUCGUAUCUCUCCCACGACGGAAUCUAUCAGCUCCCUGGACCCGGUUCUUGCCUUUCAGGAGACAGUUGCCAGGGCAAGGUAAAUCCCCACUAGUCCUCUUUGGCAUCAACGAAAAAAGAGCCCAUGCCGAUCUCCUUUUGAGAUGCCUGGGCUUCAUGGAGUUAAAAUUUGGGAAGGAGAGGCGGAAACUUCACCCGAGUACUCUUGUGGCAAAUAUCGACAAGGCUGAGAUCCGCAACUAUCUCCCAUCUCACGUCCAGUAUGCUUGCAUGUACUGGGUUCGUCAUUUAACGGAAAGCCAGGCUAGAGUUUUGGACCACCGUUGCAUACAGCGGUUCCUUGAAGCUCACUUCCUUCAUUGGCUUGAGGCUCUAAGCCUCAUAGGGAGCGCGUCAGAAUCCGAUAGGUCAAUUCAGAGCUUGCAAAGAUUUAUCCAACCGACCGCAAGCCCAGCUAUCGCAAGCUUUCUCGCCGAUGCAUCCCGGUUCGUCCAUGCAAACAUUGCAAUUUUCAGUAAAAUGCCCAGUCAGAUCUACACAUCUGCACUUGCUUUUGCGCCCAGAAACAGCAUAUUGAAGCGAAAUUUCCGGAAGGCCAUUCCAGAGAUUCUGUCUUUCUUGCCUGAAGUAGAGUCGGACUGGAGUGCGUGCCUGAAGACUCUCGAGGGCAAUAAAGGUCAAGUCACAUCAGUCUCGUUCUCGCAAGAUGCAAAACUGGUAGUUUCGGGAUCAGAUGAUAACAAGGUCAUCAUCUGGGACGCUAUCACAGGCGCAGAGGUUCAGACGUUCGAAGUCACUAACUUGCCUUCCCCGUACUAUCGUUAUUUUAACGACUUCCCCAUCGGAUCGGUGGCGUUCUCUCACGAUACCAAGUUCGUGGUAUCUGGAAUAGGGGACGGGUCUAUCAGGAUCUGGGAUAUCGAAGAAUGUACGGAUGCGCGGAUACUCCGAGGCCAUUCAGCAUCCGUCAACUCGGUGGUGUUCUCGCACGACGGAAAGCUUGUGGUAUCAGGAGCGAGUGAUUUGACAAUCAAGAUCUGGGACUUUGCAGCAGGUAUUCUACUCCGGACGCUCGACGGACAUAGCCAUCCUGUCUUGUCAGUAGCAUUUCUCAAUAAUACAAGACUUGUAGUAUCGGGCUCAAGUGACCACUCUAUCAGGAUCUGGGAUAUUAUGAAAGGCACCGAGACACGGAGGCUCCAGCUUCAAGAACAACCUAUGAGCGCCAUGUCGAUAGCGUUCUCUCGUGAUGCAAAUAUUAUCGCAUCUGGGUCAGCAGACUCCAUUGUCAGGAUCUGGGAUAUCGAAGAAUGUGCCAAUGUACGGUUGCUCCUAGGCCAUUCAGGACUCGUCGAAUCAGUGGCAGUCUCGCAUGACGGAAAGCUUGUGGUAUCCGGAGCAACUGAUAUGACAAUCAAGAUCUGGGACGUUAUAGCAGGUACCCUACUCCAGACCGUCGACGGCCACAGCUCUGCUAUCUUUUCGGUGGCAUUCUCCAAUGACGCGAGGCUUGUGGUAUCAGGGUCGCAAGAUAAGACUGUCAAGAUAUUGGAUACCGCAAUAUGUGCCAAAUCCCAAAGCCCUAUAGUACACGACAGCUUUGUCGUAUCGGUAGCUUUCUCUCAUGAUGCAAGAAUUCUGGUAUCUGGGUCAACAGACUCCAUUAUCAGGGUAUGGGAUGCUACCACUGGUACCGAGGUCCAGAGGCUCGUGGGCCAUCUAGGACCCAUUGGAUUGCUUGCAUUUUCGCGCAAUAGACAAUUCAUAGUAUCCGCAUCAAAGGAUCAGACAAUCAAGAUCUGGGAUAUCGAAGAGGGUACAGAGGUUCGGACAUUCGAGGGCCAUACUCACCAGACAUCAGCGUUGGCGAUCUCCAAUGAUGCGAAGCUACUAGCUUCAGGAUCGUAUAACUCUAUCAAGAUAAGGGAUACCGCAACAGGGGCCGAAGUCCUCACAUUUGAGGCUGCUCCUUUUGUUACAUCGGUAGCGUUCUCACCUGAUGCAAAUCUCGUUGUAUCAGGAUCAUCGAAUGGCUGUAUCAGGAUUUGGGAUAUUACAAAGGGUCCUGAUGAUGACUAUGGGGCUAUUGCUAUGUCAGCCUCCGAGGAUACAGUAAAGUCGGUGUCAUUCUCGCAUAAUGCAAAGCUGGUCGUUUCAGGAUCGAUGAGUGGAACCAUCAAGUUCUGGGAUACUGCAACAGGCAUGGCAAUCGCGAAGAUUAAAGUCGGGUUUAUUAUCAGCCACGUAUCCUUCCAUCUGACGCGACCCUAUCUCUGUACAGACAGGGGACUUGUCGGACCUCUCGACUUCGAACGACUCCACCAAGGUGACCCAUCGCCCUCCCCUAAUUUCAUGGUAGAUGUUGGCUACGGAAUCAGUUCAACCGGGGCCUGGAUCACCUGGAAUGGGGAAAACGUGCUCUGGCUACCACCUAACUAUCGGCCGAUGACGUCGGCAGUAGUGGGCGAUGCAUUUGAAGUGGCAACGGGAAUUGCAUUGAUCACCCAUUCACGCAGGUUCAUCUUUCUUAGAUUCGCGGGGUCUCCUAAACCGAUAUGA